AGAGCUCCACACACACCGCUCCGGGAACACACGCAUCCGCACGCGCACUCUCUCCUCUCCCGGACCGCACGAGCCCCCGCCGCCCCCCCGGCCCCGGAGACAGCCCCCGGCAGCGGAGCACAGCAGCCCGGCUCCCGGCGCCCCGCAGCCCGCUGACAGCGGACCUCGCGUCGCGCUCCUCUGCGGACAUGGGAGACAUGGGGGACCCGCCGAAAAUGUGUGUGAUGUGUGUCCUGCUCGUGCGUGGUCUUCCAGAGAAGCGGCUGAUCUCCCUGUGCGUGGGCUGCGGGAACCAGAUCCACGACCAGUUCAUCCUGCGGGUCUCGCCGGACCUGGAGUGGCACGCCGCCUGCCUCAAGUGCGCCGAGUGCAGCCAGUACCUGGACGAGUCGUGCACGUGCUUCGUGCGCGACGGGAAGACGUACUGCAAGCGGGACUACAUCAGGCUGUACGGCAUCAAGUGCGCCAAGUGCAACAUCGGCUUCAGCAAGAACGACUUCGUGAUGCGCGCGCGCGCCAAGGUGUACCACAUCGAGUGCUUCCGCUGCGUGGCGUGCAGCCGGCAGCUCAUCCCGGGGGACGAGUUCGCGCUGCGGGAGGACGGGCUCUUCUGCCGGGCCGACCACGACGUGGUGGAGCGCGCGCGCCUGCAGGGCUCCGGCGGCGGGGACCCGCUCAGCCCGCUGCACCCCGCGCGGCCGCUGCAGAUGGCAGAGCCCAUCUCCGCGCGGCAGCCCGCGCUGCGGCCCCACGUGCACAAGCAGCCGGAGAAGACCACGCGCGUGCGCACGGUGCUCAACGAGAAGCAGCUGCACACGCUGCGCACGUGCUACAACGCGAACCCGCGGCCCGACGCGCUGAUGAAGGAGCAGCUGGUGGAGAUGACCAGCCUGAGCCCGCGCGUCAUCCGGGUCUGGUUCCAGAACAAGCGCUGCAAGGACAAGAAGAGGAGCAUCCUCAUCAAGCAGCUGCAGCUGCAGCAGCCCAACGACAAGACGAACAUCCAGGGCAUGACGGGCACCCCGAUGGUGGCGGCCAGCCCGGAGCGGCACGACGGCGGCCUGCAGGCCGGGACCCCGGUGGAGGUGCAGAGCUACCAGCCGCCCUGGAAGGUGCUCAGCGACUUCGCGCUGCAGAGCGACAUCAACCAGCCGGCCUUCCAGCAGCUGGUGAGCUUCUCGGAGGGGGGUCCGGGCUCCAACUCGACGGGCAGCGAUGUCGCGUCCAUGUCGUCUCAGCUCCCGGACACGCCGAACAGCAUGGAGUCCAGCCCCAUCGAGGCCUAGAGCCGGGCGGGGGGGGGGGGGGGGCAUGGACUGAACACACAGAGCCCCCCCCCCCCCCCGCCCCAUCUCGUUCCUCCCUGACUGCACCAAUACAACCCCCCCCCCCCCCCCGGUUGUAUGUUGACACUGUGAAGACAAUCAUGGGAUUUUACCGCACGCGGCAGUGCGCGCGUCCGGGACCGCCCGGUCCGGCCCGGGGGGGGGGGGGGGGAGGUCGGAGACGGACCAAUGCAGACGCGCCUUCGCGGCCGGUUUGCUGCAAGUUCACGCGCCUGGUGCCAGUUGCCAAAAUGAGAAAGAACUGCACCGAUAAACGGGACUUCGGACCGGGAGAGGAGUCCGGGUCCCGGGAAAGGAGUCCGGGUCCCGGGAGAGGACUCCCGGUCCCGGGACAGGAGUCCCGGUCCCGGGUCGCUGUGAGUCUCUGAGACUCAGGUGGUUCAUGAGACUUUUAGUUCUCCCCAUCUGAUGCGCGCGCGCACGCCACCUCCGGCCGCCGGAAGCGGAAGUGCUGCCGGUGUGUGACCCUGCAACAAGGUACCUCUGACGUAGACCUCGUGGGGAUUCGUCCAAGACUUAUUAUUAUUUGUUUGUUUUUUUCUUUCCCAAAGAUGUGUAUAUUAAUCAUAAGUUAUAAACAGCAACAACAACAACAACAACAACAACAACAACAACACGGCUCCGGAAGGAAUCUAAGUGUUUGUUUGUUAAAUUAUUUAUUAAUUUAUUGUCUAAAACAUUUGCCACCUUUUAUGUAACUUUAUAAAAUGAAGUAAAAAGGAAAACAAAAAUAA